AUGGUGGGCACCAAUACUGCUCGCGAACAUGGCGUGAUUGAAGAUUCCGCAGAAGGAAAGGGUCAUUCCUUCCGGAAGCGAAAGCUCAGCCUAACCAACCUACGGGAACACGGUGAUGCAAAAAAGAUGCAACCAACGUUGCCUACGAUCAAGUAUGCUUCCAAUGGUUCGCAUGAACCUCAUGGAAAGCAAGAAACUACUGUCGGCGAUCAAUUCGAACAAAAGAAGGCACAACAUCUAGCAGUAGACGAUGGUAGAGCACAUUCGUUUCGCAAACGUCGGCUUUCGUUGACACAGAAUCGAGAAGAGUCCUCUCUCGAUGAUGACCCUUCUUCCCCAAGCCAAAAUCAUCUCUUGGAUCGUUCUGCGUUAUCCAUCGAUUCAUCUAUGACUUUGACAAAGGGGGUGCAAGCAAAGAAAGAGUCAUUGAUAUCUCGUAUCGUGCACGCUCCGGAGCUUUUGGCUCAUCCACCUUCAUCCCCCAUUCAUGAUGCCUCCGACAAUCGGCUAUAUGAACAAUCUUCUCGCCCGAAGCCCCAGUCGCUACUCGAUGCGACAGGUGACGAAUCGCUACCAACAUGGAAGAAACGACACACCCGCCAUCAGAAUGAGGAUGAACGGAAGCUACCGUUCCCACGGGAUAUUGUGGGUACGUUCUCUUGUCAUGGAAUUGAACCGUUGUAUGAAGAUGAUUACUCGUUGGAGGAAAAAGAAGGAAGUGAUCACAUGAAGCAUACCACGGCUGCAAAAAUAAAUCAAGACCGGGGUGGCGUUGCUUUUCCAUACGGAAAUUGUCCCAGGACUGCUCUUUUUGCAGUAUACGAUGGGCAUGGACAAGGCGGUGAGCUUGUCUCCCAAUUUGCUUUACAUGAAAUCCAAAGUCGGUUGGAGAAACACGAUGAUUUCACUAACAAUAUCAAGAAGGCCUUUCAGGAAACAUUUCUUUCCGUUGACGAGUCAUUGAAAAAAGAGAUCCUAAUUGAAGCCCUAUACGCAGGAACAACGGCUUGUGUAGCUUUACUAAGAGAGAACAAGUUGGUGUUGUCAAAUGCGGGGGACUCAAGGGCGGUUUUGGCAAAAAAAUCAAACGACUCUUGGACAGCUGUGGACUUGACCAAAGAUCAGAACCCCGAUCUGCCGGAGGAAAUGGCAAGAAUACAGAAAAUGGGAGGAUUUGUCACACCACCUCCAGAACCAGGCCUUUCAGCCCGGGUGUGGUUGGAUGAGGACUGCACACAGAUAGGGUUAGCCAUGGCACGAAGCUUGGGAGACCAUGCAGUAAAGCCGAUUGGAGUAAUUGCAGAACCGGUGGUAACGAUCCACGACGUCCGACCGGAGGAUGAUUUCGUUAUUUUGGCAACAGAUGGAGUCUGGGAAUUUAUCAGCUCUGAUGAAGCAGUGCAGCUAGUCGCUCGAAACCUAGCUAGCGGUGCUACAAAAGCUUGCCAAGCGCUCAUUGAGGCUGCUGCUACGAAGUGGCACGAUGAAGAAGGAGAUUACAGAGAUGACAUCACAGCUUUGGUUGUCCGCCUUCGUCACCUGUGGGCGUCAAACUAG